AUGGACUCCCCAAUCGCCAUCGUUGGCAUUGGAUUACGGCUGCCUGGGGGCUGCCAUGACGGUGCCUCUUAUUGGGACCUUUUAAUCAACAAAAGAGAUGCCCGGAAGGAGAUUCCACCUGAGCGGUUUAAUGCUGACGGAUUUCAUACUUCACAAAUUGAGGGUGCUGGACAUCGUUCUGGCAAAUAUGGAUAUUUCCUGGAUGAGACGAUCGAUCGCUUCGACGCUGGCUUUUUCAGCAUGUCUCAGGCUGAGGUUGAGCGGUUGGAUCCGCAGCAACGCUUGCUCUUGGAAGUUGUGUACGAGGCACUGGAGAACGCUGGGGAGCCGGUCCCACAUGACAGGAACAUCGGGGUCUAUGCUGGCAGCUUUGGGGCAGAUUGGGCGCAAAUGCAGGGCAAAGAUGUGCAGGACUGGAGCGUGUAUGGCUUGACUGGGUACGACGACUUUGUGCAUGCCAAUCGUGUCUCGUACGAAUUCGACUUGCAUGGACCCAGCAUGACGGUCAAGGUUGGCUGCUCCUCGGGCCUCGUUGCGCUGCACUUGGCCUGCGAAGCGCUGCAGCGCGGGGACUGCUCGGGAGCAGUGGUGUGUGCUGCGAACCUGAUCCCGUCGCCGGAUAUGUCCAUCGCGCUGGAUAGCAUGGGCGUGCUGUCGCCAGAUGGCUCAUCGAAAAGCUUUGAUGCCAGCGCCAGUGGCUAUGCCCGCGCUGAGGCCGUCGACGCAGUCUACAUCAAGCGCCUCGACGAUGCAAUUCGGGACCGGAAUCCGGUCAGAGCCGUUAUCCGGGGGACUGCCGUAAAUGCCGACGGAAAGACGCGCGGACUUUUCACGCCCAAUCCAGAAGCGCACACAUCGCUCAUCAAGAGGGCUUACUUCAAGGCGGGCAUCGGCAGUCCUCAAGAAACCCCCCUGGUGGAAUGUCACAGCACAGGCACAAAGGCUGGGGAUCCGUUGGAACUCACAGCUAUCGCACGUGUCUUUGGGGGCAAGAAUGUAGAAGGAAGAGGCACUUACAUUGGAAGUGUCAAACCCAAUAUCGGCCAUGGCGAGGCAGCUGCUGGCUUGAGCAGCCUCAUCAAGGCCGUUCUGGCUCUAGAGCGGCAGAUCAUCCCUCCAAACAUCAAGUUUCACACGCCCAAUCCAAAGAUUCCUUUUAGAGAAUAUCAUCUGACUGUCCCUACGGAGGCUAUUGCCUGGCCCGUGGACCGAGUUCAAAGGGUCAGCGUCAACUCAUUUGGGAUGGGCGGAGCCAAUGCUCAUGUCAUUCUCGAUGCGGCGCCUCCUGAUUCUGGACAAAAUAGCAUUUACGCUCCUAAACUAAAUGGUGCUCAUGCUCAUCGCAAUGGCAUUCUGCCAGCCGAGUCCAAGUCGACUGAGUCUGCAGAAGGAGAGCAACGUCUACUUGUCUUCUCAGCACAUAACGAAAGAUCACUACAGAAGAUGUCAUCAAACUACAAAGGGUUCAUCGAACGCGAAUCGUUUUGCCUAUCCGAUCUGGCAUACACUUUAAGCGUAAAACGCAAUCAUUGGAAUGUACGGUCUUUUUGCGUUAGCGAUGGGAGGACAUUCCAGGCUGUCCCAGGAGUCAGGAUACCCAAAUUCAAAGGACUGCUUUUCAUUUUCACAGGACAAGGAGCACAGUGGCCAGGAAUGGGGCGAGAGCUGCUCCGAGACUUCUCCACGUUUAGAGAGGAUAUCCGAAAAAUGGACUUGUGGCUGAGCAUGUCUGCCCACCCUCCAUCAUGGAAAAUUGAAGAGCUCUUACGAGAUUGUUCGGAUAUCGAUUGCGUGGAGUUCUCUCAGCCAAUAUGUACAGCGCUCCAGGUUGCGUUAGUGAAAUUAUUACGACAGUGGGACAUUCUCCCAACCGCUGUAGUGGGCCAUUCCAGUGGUGAAAUUGCGGCUGCGUAUACUGCUGGUGCAUUAGGAAUGAAGGAAGCCCUCCUUAUUUCUUACUAUCGGGGUAUUGCAGCUUCUGAACUACGGCUGCCAGGAGUCAUGGCUGCAAUCGGAUUGGGCCGAGAUGGUGUGAAAGACUUGUUGGUUGGCACCGCUGUUGUGGCUUGUGAAAACAGCCGCUCUAGCGUCACAAUAUCCGGAAAUCCUGAUGAUGUGGAAGCAUCGUUGGAGCGAGUCUCUCAAAUGCGGCCUGGGGUCCUAGCACGAAAAUUAAAAAUCAAUCGAGCAUAUCAUUCUAAUCACAUGCAAGAGGUAUCAAAGCUGUAUGAAAACUUGAUGGCUUCCAUAGCCAUUAAACCAGCACAAGGAAAGCUGUCUAUUCCGUUCUUUUCCAGCGUAACGGGUUGCUGUAUUUAUGACGCUGCUUCUCUAGGUCCUUCUUACUGGGUCUCAAACAUGGAAAAUCCAGUCCUAUUUCUCUCCGCCGUGAAGUCCGCACUUCGGAUCAAAGACAAAUGCAGUAUUGCUCUGGAAAUAGGACCACAUUCGACGCUGUCAAGUCCUUUUCGCCAGAUUUGCCUAGAUGUGGAGGAGAAGAUCCAAUACAUGAACACUUUGACUAGAGGAGAGGACUGCACAAACUCAGUCCUUACAGCUUUGGGCCACCUGUUUUGUCAGGGCAUGAUGCCUCGUCUUGCGAAGUUGAAUCCUCCAGGAGUCACCAUGUCAAAUUUGCCUACCUAUCCAUGGAAUCAUGACACUUCUUAUUGGCACGAAAGUCGAAUUUCUCGCGAGUUCCGCACAAGAGAGUAUCCUGAACAUGAACUCCUCGGCGCCCGCGUUACGGGAGGAAACGAUCUUGAACCGAGCUGGCGAAAACUGCUCGAUGUGAAUCGUGUAUCGUGGAUCAAUGAUCACGUUGUUUCGGGCGACCUUAUAUUUCCCGGUGCUGGAUAUAUAGCCACCAUUGGUGAGGCUAUUCGGCAACUUUCAAAAUCCUCUUCGUUCACGAUCCGGAACUUAUCAAUUGAGGCGGCAAUGAUUCUCCGGGGCGGCCAACCGGCUGAGAUCAUUACGAGGUUGCGCCCUCAAGGAACUCAGGCAAAGCUUCAGUCUUCCUCUUGGUAUGAAUUUAACAUAUCUUCUUAUGAUGGAAACAAAUGGCACAAUCAUUGCAGUGGCGAGGUCCAUACCGGACAAAACUCGAGCCGGAACUUGUUUACUUCUGAUGUGGAGACAAUUAGACAAGUUGAAAGUGCAGACUGGUAUCGCGUCGCCAAAGCAGCGGGACUGGAAUACGGGUCUUCAUUUCAAGCGCUUCGGAAUAUUCGUUGCGCUGUCGGAAGCCCUGUGGCCAUAGCCGAAGUCUAUGAUGACCUGCUGCCCGAGGGGCCGCCCUAUCCUGUUCAUCCGAUAGCCAUCGACCAGUUGUUGCAGUGCUGCAUGGUUGGAUCAGUCCGAGGUCAUUUACGAAAUAUGAAUAAGUUGAUUCUCCCGAAUCAUAUUGGUGAACUACGUGUUGAAGCGCAGGAAAUCCACACGGAUCUACAACUCCGCACACAGGUUACCUCUCACAACGCUAGCUCCAUUUCAGCAAAUGGACAAAUCCAGGCAAAAAACGGCUCUGUCAUGCUGCAGUGUGAAAAUAUCCAAUUUCAAAUUCUGGACAACAGUGCCGUGGAUACAGUUGACAACGUCGCCAGACACCAGCUUCACUUGCUCGAAUGGAAGCCUGACAUCGAUCUCACUGAUGUUAAGAAGUUGUUCUAUCGUACCACAGACAUGACAAGUUGCAUAAGGCUUGUUGAGAAGCUGUGUAUUCUCUGUUCCAUCGAGACGGUCAGAGUAUUGAAAAAUGUGAAGCCUUCUAUGCCCCACUUGCGACGAUUCAAAGAGUGGAUCGAGCAAUUUGUAACAACCAUCCAACGUCAUGGAAGCACGGUUAUUCCGGAAACGGAUUGCUUGUUUCGGAAUACAUCCAAAGAGCGACAAGGCCAUAUCCAAAUGUUAUUGGAAGUAGCCCUUGAGACACCGGCAAAAGACAUGGCUCUUGCUGUCACUGGCAUGUAUGAUUCCGUCGAAGACAUUUUCUGUGGCAAGACGGAAGCCCUUUCUGUGCUGGUGGCUGACAAUCUCCUCGCCCGCUGCUACACUUUCAUGAAUAUGAUUGACCAUGAACAAUUCUUGCAGCUCCUUGGCCACAAUAACCCAGACAUGCGCAUUCUCGAAAUAGGAGCAGGCACCGGAGGAUUCACGUCGUCAAUCUUGUCUGCUCUGAAUAAACCUGGAUUUGGAAGCAUGUUCGAAACCUAUACAUACACUGAUAUCUCGUCUGGCUUCUUCAAAGCUGCCCAGCAUCGAUUCCAGGAAUACUCAAAUUUGAAGUAUGUUGAAUUAGAUAUUACCCAGGACACGGCGACCCAAGGGAUCCAACAGCAUAGCUAUGACCUUGUGAUUGCUUCUAACGUCCUUCAUGCAACUCCGAACUUACACGAGACGUUGAGUAAUUGUCGAUCUCUUCUUCGACCAGGUGGACGUCUUCUGUUGCUAGAAGUGACCCCGGAAUGCAAAUUUAUCAAUUUCAUCUUCGGCCUUCUUCCGGGUUGGUGGCUAGGAGAAUCUGAUGGUCGCCCAAACGAGCCAUACAUCAAACCUGCACAAUGGGAUACUGCUCUCCGCAAAGCCGGUUUUGAUGGAGUUGAAGCUUCCAUCACGGACCAGCCGUCACCAUGUCAGCUCAACGCCAUGAUGGUUGCUAGGGCGUCUGAAUCUAAACCCAUCGCCCGCACGCCGCUGAGCUUGCUCUUAUCCGAUCCGAGUGUUGUGAAUGAACACAUACAAACUAUUAGAUCCACAUUUGAAUCAGAUGGCAACGAAGUGUCGCUAUGUUCUCUUUCGGAUCUACCUUCAACUUCAACGGACAUUGUGUCACUUCUUGAAAUCAACGAUUCUGGGCCAUUCUUCAAAGACCUUUCUGAGGCUCGUUUCAAGGACCUAAUCCAUCUCAUUGAACAAUGCUAUAACCGCGGAAACAAGAUCCUAUGGGUUACAGGACCUGCACAGAUUUCCACGCAAAACCCUUACCAUGCAAUGGUAUUAGGGAUGGCGAGGACACUUCGACUGGAGUUAGGCUCUGUAUUUGCCACUCUAGAGCUUGAUACUAUUGUUCCUGGUCCGUCACAAUGCUACUCCAUUGUACAAGUCUUUCGAAAGCUUCAGGCUAAAGCCAGUUUUUCGUAUGCUACCAUGGAUUGUGAGUUUGCUCUCGCAAAUGGAAACGUUUGUAUACCACGAUUCAUUACAAGCGAUGUUGAUGGCUUGCUCCGCGGGAACAUGGAUUCCACGCCAGCGGCCAAAAGACUGUUCAUCAGGAGCCCCGGGCUACUUAACAGUCUUCAGUGGGGGCUGCAAUCACGAGCACCAGUCCUGCGAGACGACGAGGUUGAGAUACAAGUGAGCACGGCGUCACUGAAUUCCCGGGACUACGCCCUGGCUAGGGGCACUGCGCAAAGCAACAGGAAUCUGGGCUUAGAGUGUGCGGGAGUGAUAUGUCGCAUGGGUGCCAACGCGAAACCCAAUUUCCAAAUUGGAGAUCGUGUGCUGUGCUGGUCUUCUGGCUCUCUCGCAACCCAUGUCCGGAUUGAUGCGAGAUAUUGCAUCAAGCUACCGGACGCUCUUCCUUUCAACGAGGCAGUGACACUGUCAACGGCUCACGCAACCAUGAUUCGUGGACUUGUAGAGUUUUGUAAUUUGACGCAGGGUGAGAGUGUUUUGAUACAUUCGGCUGCCAGCGCCGAGGGUGUUGCUGCUAUUCAGAUUGCACGCAUGGUUGGAGCCAAGAUCUUUGCGACUGCAGCCACAGAAGAGCAAAAAGUCCUUCUAGAGACAAAGAAUGGAAUCCCACGGUCUCAUAUUUUCUCUUCCAGUGACGAUUCUUUUGUUCAUGACAUUCUGCAGAGCACAAAUGCGCGAGGAGUAGAUGUUGUUGUGAAUAUUUUGUCCCAUGACCUCUUUUAUGAAAGCUGGAAAUGCAUUGCCGAGGGUGGAAGCAUGCUUGAUCUUAGCCAGCGGGACUCCACCAGCCAUAGAAAGCCAGGUCGUUGCCUGCUUGGUGGAAACCGAAGCCUCUACAGUUUCGACAUGGUGACUUUGCUUCAGCAAAAGCCCUCAAUAGCUCAGAGACUUUUACAGACUGUGUUAGAUCUCUACAACGAUGGGUCGAUACACCUUGCCUCUCCUCUUGCCAAAUUUCAUCCAAAUGAAAUCAAAGAAGCGUUUAAUCACCUUUCCGGCAGCCGACGUGUUGGAGCUGCGUACAUACAGUUUCCACAAGAUUCGGCAACAUUUCCGGCAGACUUCGCUGCUCCAGAAGAGUUAAGCUUUAGAGCUGAUCGUGCGUACCUACUGGUUGGCGGUCUUGGAGGCCUUGGUAGAUCAGCUGCCAUGUAUCUUGUGGAAAGAGGAGCUUGCCAUAUCAUAUUCCUUUCUCCAUCGGCCUCCAAGCAUGCUGCCGCCAAUACUAGUUUCCUUCGUGAACUCGAUGCAUUGGGAUGUAGUUGCCAGAUCGUCACUGGGAGUGUCGAGAAUCUCACUACCGUCGAAAAUAUCGUUGCAAACUCCGCGAAGCCGAUAGCCGGCGUACUGCAUUUACCAGUGGUGGUUAGGGAUCGAGGGCUGCUAGAGAUGUCUCAUGCAGACUGGACAGUUUCCGUAUCCCCCAAAGUUCUUGGAGCAUGGAACCUUCACCGCGCCCUUGAAAAAGAGCCACUUGAUUUCUUCCUUCUCCUCGGUUCCGCGAACGGAAUCAGCGGUAGGCACGGCCAAGCCAACUAUGCGGCCGCAAAUACAUUUCUUGAUGCUUUCGUAGUAUACCGACAACAACUUAAUCUUCCGGCAGUGAUAAUGGACCUCGGACCCGUGGGAGAUAUCGGCUACCUGGCCGAACGUCCCAAGCUACUGGACGAACAUCGACGCGGAGGCGCAAUGCUUGACGAAAACGAUUUUCUAGAGUCCUUGCAUCUGGCCCUCCAAUCGUCUCAUUUGCCGCUGGAGAGAGCACCGUCUCUGACAUCCGGUUUCAUCAAUCGCGCUCAGUUCGUUACUGGCCGCAUUGAACGUCCCUUCGAUGCCCGUGGCCAGGGAUUAGCACGCAUUUAUAACAGGAAUCAGAACAGCGGUGCUACUCCAGAUGCGGGGCAGGAUUCGGCAUCGGGGAAGGAAAGCACUAAGAUGCAGAAAUUUAUGGAAAACGCGCGAGCGAACCCUCAGUCUUUGGAAGAGGACGCAAUGGCUGCCGACGCUUUCCUCGCAACGCAGAUCCUUCAGGCGGCGAAAAGCCUGUUGUUCUUUGAUGACGAUGAGAACGAUGAUGACGAGGGGCUGGACGAGUCUUCCAGCAUGGCGGAUUUGGCGAUCGAUUCGUUGCUGGCUAUUGAGUUGCAGAAUUGGUGGAGGCAGAGUACGGGCACGCAGAUCUCGGUGCUGGAGUUGACGAAGAACACGUCCCCGCUGGAACUUGGGAAAUUGGCGAGAACAAUGAUUCUGGCGGAAUUGAAGUGA